UUAAAUUUUUACACCGGUAAAUCAACAAGGUUUGAACGGAAUACGCAAUGCCGGCCAGAUGCUGUGAUUUGUGAUAGGAUUUUGAAUUUUUUUUAAACUCUAAUCUGGCAAAAGGAAUGUCAUAUAGAGGGAGACCCGUUGUAUCUCGUGGAUCAAAUUAUGUACCACAGCCUCGACUUGCUGUACAUCCUGUCAACUACCUCAGCUCUCCACCACCUCAGCUCAUUAAUGCUCCCAACCGACAAGCUGCUCCAGUUGUUCCACCUCAACACCCACUGUCUCUCCCACCUCAGGGUAGUGGCGUUUCUGUUCCUCCUCCACCUCCACCACCAGUCGGUCCACCACCUCCGGUACCACUUCCAUCACAGAGCAUUGGCAGUGGGGUAGGUGGAUAUGUACCCUCUGGGGGUCCCCCGCCUCCUCCACCACCAUUACCUGGCUCCUUAGGGAUGCCCCCGUUUCCACCAAACAAUCCUAGUGGGUGUGUGACGGUGGGUGUGUCUGUGCCACCACCUCCCCUACCACCCCUUCCACCACCUACAUCUCUGAUUGGCCCUGUAGCAGCAGCGGCAGCAGCAGCAGCUGCUGCAGCGGCAACAGCCCCACUGUGCCAACCAUAUCCUAAUGUCUGGAGUGGGUCAUACCCCACCACAUAUCCUGUCCACAGCAGUAUGGCUUCCAGACCCAACCACUUCCCACAGUGGAAGUCUCCAGGGAGUGUUCCAUCUACAGGCCAGAAGCAGCAGCCCCCUCCACCCCUUCCUCCCCUAGGUAGGGCCUGCAUAGGACCAGGGAGUGGUUCAGGGACGAAUAACAACAUUAACAAUAACAACAUUCACAAUAAUGGUAGCAGCAUGUACCAUGGCCCACCCUUGGGACACCCCAAAUCAAACCCGCCAUUGUUGACAGAUGGUGGGGAAUGCAGUGGCAGUGGUGUUGGUGAAGCAAUCCCUGUGAUCUCAUUGAAAGGCUGUGAGAGCCAUCAGCAUGGGAUGCACAAUAGCAUGUGCAGUUCGUACAUAAGCGGUUGUGGUGUCAGUCGAGACCGUGACAGGGACCGUGGUGACCGAGAAAGGGACUUGAAUCGAGACAGAGACAGAGACAGGGACCGAGAUCGAGACCGCGACCGUGACAGAGACCGUGACCGUGAUAGGGAUCGAGAAAGAGACAGCUCCCACUUCUCUUCAAAUUCUUCUUCCUCAUUGUCAUCACUGCAUUGCAAGAAUGGCAGCAGUCUCCUGUGUCCAGUGCGUUGUGAUCGAGAAAAGAUAUCCAGUGGCUCGACUCUGUCAUCCUAUAGUUCUAGUGGAACAAGUAAAGGCAUGUAUGGCACUUCACUGAACUCCAGUAAUAGUAUUAGUAGUCACCACUCGAAGAGCAAAGAGAGAAAGCGACUGUAUGAACCACGGUCAGAAUCGCCACAUUAUUCAAGAAGAAAAGACAAUGAAAAACACAGUAGUUCUUGGAGCAGACCAAGUAGACACAGAUCAAGGUCACCAUCACCGAGAAAAAGUGAAAAAACUAGUGAGAGAAGAGAUCAUCGUCGAAGUCCAGCUCUUGGGUCCAGCUCAGUGUCUAGUUCUAGUAGUAAGAAAAGAUCUUGGAGUAAAGAGAGUGAUUCACGAGAGAGCAGAGAAACGAAGAAGCCAAGACGGCCUGAGAAACCAGAAUCUCCUGAACCUCUGCGGAAGGAGUACAAAAAAGAAAAAACUGAAAAAAGUGAUACUCCAGCUUGGAUAAGGUGUUCUCCAGCUGAUUUGUACUUUUACCGUGAUAAGCAAACUAACUGUUUGAUGGCUACACAAAAGAUGAUAGAUCUACAACACCGUUUCCAAACAGAAUUGUGUGACCGGGCAAAAACGAUCAUAGAAACCAGACCAAAGUAUGAAGAACCUAAAAGACCAAUAAUAACACACAUCCAUGACAGUCCAACCAGUGAGGUGACGACUUGGACUUUUCAUACAAACAGACAUUGUUCAGUCGACGAUUCUACCGAUGAUUCUGAUGAUACUGAUGACAGUGGUUCUGAAGAGACGACCAAUGAGUGGCUAGAGGAAUUGAACCGUAAAAAGCGUCAUCCAUAUCGAUUACAUGAAGAAUUAUGGUACAAUGAUCCAGGAGAAAUGAAUGAUGGACCACUCUGUCGUUGCAGUCUAAAAGCACGAAAGACUGGAAUUCGACACAAUAUAUUCCCUGGAGAAGAGGAAAUCAUUCCAUGUGUUUCAGAGAGUAAUAAUGCCAACAGGUUAUACCAUUAUCACAUCACCAUGUCACCAUCCACAAAUUUUUUGAGUAAAAACCCCACCAUCAUUGAGCAUGAUAAUCAUGAAUAUAUCUUUGAAGGAUUUUCUCUUCUUUCUCAUUACCAGUUAGAGAACGUUCCUGUUUGUAAAGUGAUCCGAUUCAAUAUUGAAUACACAAUCCAUUUUUUUGAGGAGAAAAUGCCAGAGAAUUUCACUGUUCGGUCCCUGGAUCAAGUGUGUCAUUUCCUCUUUAAUGAGAUCCUAGAACUUGUAGAUUUGGACUGGAAAGGCCCCGGAAAUGAAAUCAGUUGUAGUAGGUUUCAUCUUAUGCCUCGGUUUGCACGCGAAUUGCCAGACAAUGGUAAAGAAAUUUUGUCAAUGAAUGAAGUACUGCUAUAUUUGUUGGGCAGUUCCAAGCCUCUUCUGGAAGAGACGGAACUGGCUCAGCUUCUUAAAUAUGACAACAAUGAGUGGCAGAACUUGGUAGAUGAAGUUCGAGGUAUGAUUGUCAGUAAACCUGGAAUGAAACCAAGUUCUAUCCGUGUUGACCAACUUGAUCGGCAGCAGUUAAAACCAGAUGUGAUCACAUAUCCUCUCAUCAUUCAUUUUGGUAUACGUCCAGCACAGCUCAGUUAUGCCGGUGACCCUAAUUAUCAGAAAGCCUGGAAACAAUAUGUGAAGUAUAAACACCUGCUAACGAGCAAACCAAAAGUAACAUAUGCAGAUAAAAACAAAUUACAGAUGAAGGAAGAAUUUCUACAGCAAUUGCGACUCAAAAGUACAAUGAAAAGAGAAGUGACUGUGGAAAUCAGCAGUGAAGGUUUUAUCCGAACUGGUAUCAAGUCUGAUGUGUGUCAGCAUGUCAUGUUAUUACCUGUUUUGUUAUGUCAUCUACGAUUCCAUAAGUCUUUGGCCAUUCUUGAAGGCUAUUUAGGCUAUAAAUUCAGUGACCGCAGUCUGCUACAGUUGGCACUCACGCACACCUCUUAUCGAGUGAACUAUGGCACCAACCCUGACCACGCUCGUAACUCAUUGACCAACUGUGGCUCACGUCAAGUGGAAUACGGAGACCGUAAAAUACAUUACGUUCAUACAAGAAAAAGAGGCAUCAAUAUUCUCAUUGAUAUCAUGUCCCGGAUGGGACAUAAAGAAGAAACAUCUUCUGAAAUACCUCAUAAUGAAAGGAUGGAGUUCCUGGGUGAUGCUGUUGUUGAAUUCCUAUCAAGCGUCCACUUAUUCUUCAUGUUUCCAGGCUUAGAAGAAGGUGGUCUCACAACAUAUCGGGCAGCUAUAGUUCAAAACCAACAUUUAGCUGUUCUUGCAAAAAAACUUCACCUGCAGGAUUUCAUGCUCUAUGCUCAUGGCCCUGAUUUAUGUUAUGAAUCAGACCUUAAACAUGCCAUGGCCAACUGUUUUGAAGCUUUGAUGGGUGCUUUGUUUCUUGAUGGAGGUGUUGAUUUGGUAGACAAGAUCUUUGCCAAGACGUUAUUUGAUGAUACAGACCUGGUACGUACUUGGAAACAACUUCCUCUCCACCCAUUACAGGAGGAUGAACCAGAAGGAGACCGUCACUGGGUAGAAUCAUCACCAGCACUUCAGAAAUUGGUGAGAUUUGAAGAUGACACAGGUAUCACCUUCUGCCAUAUCAGACUCCUGGCUAGAGCUUUCACUCUCCGCAAUGUGGGAUACAACAACUUGACUCUAGGUCACAAUCAACGACUUGAGUUUCUUGGUGACACUGUCCUACAACUGGUUGCCUCUGAAUAUCUAUUCCGUCAUUUUCCAGACCAUCAUGAAGGUCACUUGUCUUUAUUACGAAGUUCUCUGGUAAACAACAGAACCCAGGCCAUUGUGUGUGAUGACCUGGGUAUGUCUAACUAUGUUAUUUAUGCUGACACCCGAGGUGACCAUCUGGAAAUGAAACCAAAGGAGAAAGCUGAUUUACUAGAAGCAUUCAUUGGGGCUCUCUACGUGGACAAAGCUCUUGAUUAUUGCCGUGUCUUCUGCAAUGUCUGUUUUUUCCCAAGACUCAGAGACUUCAUCUUGAAUCAGGAUUGGAAUGAUCCGAAAUCACAGCUUCAGCAAUGUUGUUUGACAUUACGAGAACUAGAUGGUGGUGAACCAGAUAUACCAAUAUACAAGGUUAUAGAGUCAUCUGGUCCAACAAACACAAGAAAAUAUACUGUAGCUGUGUAUUUCCGUGGAGAACGUCUGGCUACAGGAAUUGGUCACAGUAUCCAACAAGCUGAAAUGGCUGCUGCUACAAAUGCACUCAACCAGAGAUCAGAACUGUUCCCAAUUUUGGCUCACCAAAAGAGAUUCCUAGAACGACGGCACCCUAAAAAGAAAAGGCGAAGUUCUCGUCGCCAAGAUGAACACCACUGACAGAGCCAUAGAUCAUAGAUUUUACUGUUGAAAAAAAAAUACUGCUGAAUUGUUGGUGGAUGGAGUGCCCAUAAUAUUGGGGACCGUUCCAUCUGCAUUUGACCAAAAAUGACGUCCAAGGACGUUUUGGAACCAUUCCACAAACUUUUGUCUGUCAUCAAUUCACAGACAACACGAUAUUGACAAAUUUUUUGUCUCAUAAUUUAUUACCAAAAAAAUCCUUUUCUGAUUGAAAAAAACAAAACAAAAAUCUUUCAAACGAAUGAACAAAUCAGUGAAGCAAUAAAUACAUCAAAGAAUUUUUAUUUUCUC